UAUCACCACUAAAUUUACGGGACCUGCGUUCCUUCGCAUCUUGACGGUCCAGAUCUUCCUUCGCGCACUAUAUAUUCCCUCACGCUUCCUUUCUUCUCACUUUGGUAAAUCUCAAGAUAAAGCAGCAGGUGAAGCCCAAUCCGUUGCGUUUAUGGCGGACUUCUAGAUUCGAUUCGUCUCCCCAACGAGCUUUCUCGAUCCCUCAGUCUACCUGCAACAGUUGCGCGAUCUUUGUAGCUGUUUGGUUGGUGUUUGAAUUCGGUGCAGAUCGAAGGCGUGAUGCUACUAUUCGAUUUGUGCUGAAUUUUGGAUUGAAGGAUCUCUUAAGAGCAAUCAGUGGAAAAUUUUCUUCCUAAGCAACCCUAAUUAGCUUUCCAUAAAACAAUGUGGAGAUUUAACCCAUUUACACACAAGGAGGCAGCUGGCCUUGAAGGCCGAGUUAUAGAUGUCGGCAAUCUUAAGAUAAAUGUCCAGAAGGCCAUCGCAGAAGGAGGGUUCUCUUGUGUUUACUUAGCACGUGAUGCUUUCCAUAUGUCAAAGCAAUAUGCGUUGAAGCACAUCAUAUGCAAUGAUGAUGAAUCACUUGCAUUGGCAAAGAAGGAGAUAUCUGUGAUGAAGUCACUGGUAGGACAUCCCAAUGUAGUCACACUUCAUGCUCAUACAAUAUUUGAUAUGGGUAGGACAAAAGAGGCAUUUCUUGUAAUGGAAUAUUGCGAGAAGUCUCUUGUUAGUGUGCUGGAAAGCCGAGGAGCAGGUUAUUUUGAUGAGAACCAGGUUCUCUUAAUCUUCAGGGAUGUAUGUAAUGCAGUUUUUGCUAUGCACUGCCAGUUCCCACCUAUUGCUCACCGAGACUUGAAAGCAGAGAAUCUUUUAUUAGGUUCAGAUGGUUUAUGGAAGUUGUGUGACUUUGGAAGCACUUCCACCAAUCACAAGCGUUUUGAGAAGCCAGAAGAAAUGGGAAUCGAGGAAGACAAUAUCAGGAAGUACACAACCCCUGCCUACAGGGCCCCUGAGAUGUGGGAUCUGUUCCUUAGAGAAGUCAUCAACGAGAAAGUGGACAUAUGGGCACUAGGGUGUCUCCUUUUUCGCAUAUGCUAUUUCAAAAGUGCUUUUGACGGGGAAUCAAAGCUCCAAGUCUUAAAUGGAAACUACCGCAUUCCUGAUUUGCCUAGAUACAGUUCAUCAGUCACGGAUUUAAUCAGAGACAUGCUUCAAGCUAGACCAGAUGACAGACCAGAUAUCACGCAGGUCUGGUUUCGUGUUAAUGAGCAGCUACCUAUUACUUUACAGAAGUCAUUGCCUGACAGGCCACCUGAGUUGCCUGCUUCCAACCAUCCGGAAGCAGGUUCUUCAAUGUCCACUAACAAAUCACACCCAGCACCUAGCAGGAAUCCACCUCCCCCGCCUUCAUCUGUAGAAUCCAAACCAUCGGUCCAGGCAUCUGUUGCUUCUAGGGGUGGUGGAAAUGGGGGGCAGCUUGGUGCUUUCUGGUCCACUCAGCAUGCAAAUGAUUCAAUCGUUUCCAAGGAAAAGAGUAAACCUGUAUUUGAUGAAGAACCAUCUAGUAACAAUAACACAUUAAAGGAUGAUAGAGUUCAUCCAGAGAAUGAUCAGUUACCCAAAAAUGUUGGUACUAACAAAGUGGCCAACGCACCAACUCAUUCAGUAAAAAGCAGUGUACAUGGAAAGUCACACAAGCCUGACACUGCAUCAUCCAAGGAUUUCGAAUUGAACUUUUUUAAGGAUAAAGGUCAGAUGAAUGAGAGGGGAUUGUCAAAUAUAGACAAUACAGCUACGUUUCAGGAUCAUGCUUUUAACACUUUUGUUGCAGAAUUUGAUACUGCUAAGCUCAGUCCUGGACUUAAGUCUGAAAGGGAAGAAACAUUAGAAGCUGAGGUGGAGAAACUGAAAGGGCAGUUGAAGGAAGCAAACAUAGCCAAAGCUGAAAUCACUUCAAAGUAUGAAAAGCUUUCUGCUAUAUGCAGAUCGCAAAGGCAAGAAUUACAGGAUCUAAAACAGGCACUUGCAGCAAAAACUCCCUCACCAAAUAGGGAGGGUAUGAGGACCUCUCCUGCACUUACAUCAUCUGCAUCCACGUCAUGGCAGGCUUUUCCUGAGGAACCACGACAACAAACCUCCUUUUCAGCUGACAAUACUUCAAAAUCUGUCAGGACUAGAAAUACCCAGCAGAAGCCGCAGCCUGCUCCAGUUGCUGCUAACUUCGAUUCGUGGGGUUUUGGAUCUGAUAACUUCAGUGCUGUAAGAGCUAGUACCCCACAGAUGCCAAGACCUGGUGAAGGGAGUAAUUCUCAGGCAUUUGGUGAAGCAAAGGCAUUUGAGAAGAAAUCAACUACCCCCCCUGCUGGAUGGGCUGGAUUUUAACUGUGCAGAAUGGUUGUGCUCUGAUUGCACCUAUAAGCAUUUUUACUUUGCUCCAUUAUGUUUGAUUCAUGCUGUUGGGCGUUUGUUUCUUUUUGUGGAUGAUUUUACUAAAUGGAUCUUGUUUAUCUGGACUAUAUCCAUUCUGGGGUGGAAGUAUUCAUUUCCAAUUUGCAUGAUUAUUGUAUUACUCGUGUCUCUGAAAAACUUUCGAGUAUUCAUGCCCUGAACUUGGUUUAUAAAUUUCAAUGAUUAUAUUACCUGA